UCGGGAAUCGAGGAAUUGGCGCGCGCUCUCUCUCAUAUUCCCCAGUUCGGCAACCCGUUAGCCCGUCGCUCGAUCUCCGCUGGGUGGCGUUAGUCGUUAGUCCUUACUCAUUACUCGUUACCAUUUAAUCAGUCUCACACUUUCGCAUCGCAGCGGUAUCGUCAUCCGGAAUUCUCGCCGUGAUUCAUGCUCAGUUCAUGAUUCUACGAGCCGCAGCCGUGCGCGUUUAAACUCCAAGUGCCGUCGAUCCUUCAGCCUUUGUUUCUCGUCAGCUUCGAGGAGGUUGUGGUUCAAUAGACGGUGGAAAAAAUGUCAUUUUCCGAGUCCUAAUUCGAAGAUCCACUGCUCAUUCUGGAUGUCCAGAGCGUACUCAGUACAGUGCUUCACGCGUGAAAGGAUGCCUAAUGUGGACGGGAAAAUGACAGAGACGUCAUAACGUCAAUCGAGCACGCUACGGAUGUACGAAAAACGUGCGGAUUUUCCAUGAAAAGGUGAGGAUGCAUCGCUGAUGACAUGCUGGAGCAGAGACAAAAAUUGGCCGUCAUCGGAUGGAUCGUUUUAUCAGCCGUGAUAACGACCGUGGGUGUCAUCCACGUGCUCAUAGAUCCGAGGCUCCACUAUGAAAUCAAGGAAACUGUGAAUAAUUACGAGCUCUUGGUUGCUCAAAAUGAGUCGUCAGCGUUGCCUCUGGACGAGCUGCCUGCGGACGAGGAAUCGGUGCUCCUCAACAUGACUGACUUCAAGUUGAUCAUCAACAAUGAGGUCUGCAGGACGGCGACGGUGCAAGGGUCGCCACUCAUUCUGGCUUUUGUCCACUCGGCGCCCAAAAACUUGAAGCUGCGCAACUUGAUCAGGAGCACCUGGGGUCAGGAGUUGACGACCAUCUUCCUUCUGGGCGAAACGACCCCCGCCUUGCAGGAAGCUAUCGAAACCGAGAACUCGCUUCACCACGAUAUCGUUCAAGGUAACUUCAUCGACUCGUAUCGAAACCUCACGUACAAGCACGUGAUGGGUUUCAAGUGGGCAUCCUACCAUUGCCCCGGUGCCAAAUAUUUGCUCAAAACUGACGAUGACGUUUUUGUAAAUGUGCUAUUUUUAAGGAAAUUCAUAGAAUCAAAACUGUCCCCUACAGGUGCUCGAAAAUUAAUCUUAUGUGAUAUACAAGUGACUGUGGUACAACGUAGUUUUAGGUCCAAGUGGAGAGUAUCCCCGAAGGAGUACAGUAAAAACUGGUACCCCCAAAUAUGCAAAGGCUGGGCCAUUUUAUAUUCUCCUGAUGUUAGCUUUCAACUCUAUCAUAUUGCACGGAAGGCACCUUUCUUUUGGAUCGACGACAUUUAUGUGUCUGGGAUUCUAGCUCCUAUGCUUAAUGUGUCCCUGUCGUCAGUUUAUCCUUUUGCAAUACAGAGAGAUAAGUUGAGUGGCCUCCUAUCAAAACCAUACAUAGAGUCACAAGAUGACUUCUUGUUUGGGUACCCGGGCGAUUUGAUCACAGAAAUGAACAGUCUUUGGAAAAUCGUGAAAAACACCACUCGCUAUUUUGAGAGUUCUCAGCAAAAUGAAACGAUCGUCCAGUGAGUCGGAGAUUAAGAAUGUACAUAUCAGCAACGGUUGUUGCUUGAUUAAAGUUUUGAAAAAACUUUGAUAUAACGUAUUACUUACCUACAUUGGAUUUUUGUUCAGUUACAAACUGACUUAUUUUUUAACGCGUUCAGAUGAGUUUCUCAAGUGUUUCUGAAAGAGUUACAAAAUAUUUUUGUUUGCCUCAUGACAGAAUUCCUGCCAUUUUAAUUGGAUCUUGAAAUUAUGUGCAUUUCUGCUGUUUCUGUUCUUUAAUCAUUGCAUUAUUUUUAUCAUACUGUUUUUCCUUACAGCGUAACAUUAUCUGAUAGCAUUGGAACUCUCAAGAUCACUGAUCUUUAAAAUUGUUUUUUUUUACUUGUAACUGAUUUUCAUUGUUUCCUAAGUAUGUAAAUAAUAAUUUUACGGUUCAAAAGUCUGCUGUGAAUUGAUUUCGGAUGCCGAUACUUCUCAUUAAUUUAUUCUGCCUUCUAUUCUAUGAAAGUUCUGUUCAUAUUUUUCUGAUUAAAAAUUUUAGUUGAAUACACUGGUAACUUACUGAAAAUGACAGCCUAUUUGUUAAGAUAGAAGAAAAAGAAAAAAAAAUGUAAUGAUUGAUAAGACAACUUCUGGAGAAGUGAUUCAGUAAAAGCUGAAACGAAAGAAAUUUUUCUUAUUUGUAGGUAUUAGACUUUUUUUUCGAAGGAUUGAUAUUUAAUUUAAUGUAUGUUUAAAAUAGUUUUAAAAAUGUGAUAAUUCGGUUAAUGAAAUUAGCAUUUUGGGGGUAGAGUGAUAAAAUAUUGUUUUGUGGAUCUAUUGUCUUAAAGAGUCUUUAAAACAAAAAAGAGACUUGGCGAAAAGAUUAAUGUGCUUUAAGUAGUGAUAAAAAUAAUUGGUGCUGAUUCUUCAUCAGUUUUAAAAGGUUUAAUCCUGAAUGUUCAGUGAUUAGUGUUAGUUAAUUGAUAUUAAUUUCGCAUUAAUUUGUACGAAUCUUUAAAGGUUGAAUUUUAGAGUGGUUUUUUAAACUUUUUCUGCGGUAUUGUUUCUUGUUUUUUAGAAUGUUGACAACUAAUUAUGAGACAGACUGAGAUCUUCCUUUCCAAUUUCACUGAAAUUAAUUAGACACCACAAUAAUCCCUCCGAAUUGCUCGUAAUUUGUUUAAAGUUUGUGAAUUUCUCCUCCGCUAAGUUCUUAUUUUUUUCAAUCGUUGUACAUUUCUUUCUGUAGUAGGUAGUAAUUUUUUUAAAGUGUCUUUCGUCAAUUCAUUUUCCAAUCUACGUACCCCUUAUGUUCUUCAUUUAUUUCUCCUGAUUUUUUUAUUUUUAAUUUUUGCAUUAUCAUCCCUAACACACAACUAAACCCUUCUCUCAUCGGUAUUAUGAGACGAAUUCCCUCAAAAUGCAGGAGAUAUUCAGGAUAUUAAAAAGUCUGAUAAAGAAUAUAUGUUAUUAUUCCAGAGAGCAAUCUCUCAGGCUAACAUUGUAAUUACUUUUUCUCUCUUCUUUUCAAUGUAUCUUCUUUAAAUUACAUUCUGUAUAAAUUUUUUGAACUGUCUUCCCCAUUGUCAUCAUUCCAUCAACUUAGUCUAUUCAGAAGAUCUGAAGAUAUUCUUUUUCCUCCUUUUUUUUUAUUACUUGAAAUAUUCAAUUAUUUGCACUUAUUUAAAGCCUCUUGUUGUGUUAACUCAAUCUGUUCUGCAUCUUCAGAAAAGUGUGUAUCUCUCUUCUUUGGAAAUAGGCAAGAAGAAACCCCAGUGUUUUUGCCAAAUUAAAAAAAGUACUACCAAUUUUUUUUAGUCUAAGCGAUGGAUUUAUGUAGAAUAUUGUACCACAUCCAGGGUGAUAUUUUUACAACUGAAUUUUGGGAACAGAUUUCGUUGGUGACCAAGGGCAUGUAUCUGUCUUUUUUCUUUCUUUUUUUUCAUUUUUAGAGGUUUACCUUACUAUCAAAAUAUUUGCUCAGUAUUGGUAUGUAUUAUGAAUAGAAGUCUUUUUUAUUUUUUUAUCAAAAGUAUGUUUUAAUGUAGAUAUUUGAAAUUACCUUAAUUCGUCGUUUUUUGUGUAUUAAAUCGACUGGACCAAGUCUCUUGAACAGACUGGUCCUAAUUCUUGCCAUGAGGGCAUAAUUUUGUGAUUUCGUAGGAAGGUUAGUUAAUAUAUAUUAGGUUAAGUCUGUAAUCCGAAGUAAAUCUCUACAAAAUAUUCAUACCUAAGUCAGUUAAAAUUCAAUCAUACAACAGGCACUAUUCCAGAAUGUAAACCGAUUUCUUCCCUUUUUUUGUGUUGCCACUUUUUUCAGGUUGCUAACUAAGUAUCAUCAUGCACUGUUCUUAAGAGCUAUUUAUGACCCUUAACUCAGUGGAAUUUAUGAUAAAAUUUGCUACUUUCAUAUAGGGGCUGAUGAAAUGUUAACAGUGAAACUGGAAAAAUGCAUAUCUUGGUUGCAAUGUUUCAAAAUAUCCACUCCUAUUUUAUUUUUGGAAAAGGAGACCAAACCAACAUUAUGGCUUAAAAUUCUGGUAGAAUCUUCUUUACUUAGAGGAAAAAAUCGUGGAAGUUUCCAAGAAAUAACGUUGAGUAGUUUCUCAUGUAGAAAAUAAAGUAUGACAGGAAGUGUACAACGCCGUAAACUGAGGUACGCAUUUUUGCAGUUUCACUAUCGACUUGUGCGUACUUUGGCACAAAAUAAUGCGAAGUUUUGAUUGCAAAAACAAGAAGAUGUGUAACUUAAUAUUGUCCCACAGCGCAAAAGCUUGAGUCCAGAAAGGGUGGCAUGAUAAGUCUGAAGAAUCACGACUCCAUGUUAAAAGUGUCUAGUAUGGCUCAUGGUCUUUUGGAUUUCUUCCUUUCCGCAUCUCUUAAUUUAAAUAGCAUAAAGGAUUACUGUUUUGUUAACAGUGGCAUUCAGUGAUGGAUCUGAUUUUUUUUUGUAUACUCAAUAGAUCUCAAGUGAAACUGCUCUCUAAAAAAACUGCUCUCCACUGUAUAAAGUAGUAUAAAUUCUUCUUCUUUGUAACCUUUUGUGUAGAUAAGUUUAUGUAAGAUUUGUAGAUAUAACAAGAUUUAAUUUUAGACAUCCAGCCUUACCUUUUUUUAUGAGUAAUGUCUUCAACUCGCUGUUUAUGUUGAAUUUUGAGGAGUAAAUACCCAGUGUUGUAGAAAGGUUUUAGAACAAAGGGGGCAGGAAGAAAAGCCAUGCGUUCUCUGAUAAAUUAUGAAAGUUGCUGUCUAAAAAAUAAGUGAAGCCAACCAAAGUGAAAAAUUUGCAAGAAUAUUUGUCCUCCAUAAGUAAUUCAGUCGAUAAUUAUCUGAUUCGACUAUCAGUAGCUCUGGUUAUCAAUGGUCAAAGUGUGAGGCCACAUAUCUCCAUAUGCGACGUUGCAGACUUCCUGUCUUAUUUCAUUAUCUACUUGGAAAACCUGGGAACGUAAUUCCCUGGAAACUUCCUUGAUUUUUCUUCUUUAUCAGUAGAAUAUUCCGUAAAAAUUUCAAGCUGUAAAGUUGAAUUGCUCCUCUAUUUAAAAAAAAUAGAAAGCAAAACUUUGAAACACCUCAAUGGAGAUACGUGGUUCCGCACUUGGGCCAUCGAUGUGAUGUUCUUUAUGACCUUCGGAGCUUAAUGAACUUUUAAAAUCAAAUUUCCUUUGUGCCAAUCUCGAGAAAAACUGGGUUGAAAAGUGAAUUUUCCGGCCUUCCCACACGUGUUCUCAAGUGGAGAUGCGGGGCUGCUGUUACGUGUGGAUAGACCUUGCAUCCCAAGUUAUCGUUUGGAUGAAUUUGAUUCUUUUCAUUUGUUUUAUCUUAGAGGCCAAGAAAAUAAAGCUCUUCUCGAUGACUAAUUAGAUGCUGCAAAAUUUACUCCAGAAAAUGUGUUUAAAAAUUUUGAAAAAUUUGCUUCUUAGCCCCACUUUUUGCUAGAUCGGCUUGUAGAUAGUUCGAGUCUUGAAUCUCAUCAUGCUCAGGAGGUUGUAAGGAAUGUUGUAUCAAGUAAAAUUGAAAUUCAACUGGCGCCAAAUUUCUUUGUAUUUUGUGUUGAUUUUAUUUGAUUUAGUUCAACACAAUUUAACUAUUCCUCCAACCGAUAGCAGAGGCUUCUCUAUUGCGGUAUUACAUCAUUGUUAAAUUGUCGUUACAUCAACCAAUCGCAGCAGAGCUCAGUGGGCUGAUUAUUAUUUAAAAUGCAUACGCAUUCCACAAUGUGUGCAUAGUCCUUCAAAAACAGAAAUUUUAGAGUUUUUUUGUUCUUUUAUGUAGUUCUUGCAAGGCAUUCUCUCUAAGGUAUAGAUUUGCUUUUUGCCCGUGUUUCUGUAUCCACUCCUUUACCUUUGUGAUUAUGCAAGUAUACUUCCAGUAUUUCAUUCCAAUGGCUGUGUAAACUUAUUCGAUUUUCGAAUUCAUGUCUCAAACCUCUGUCUCACCAUGUGUAAACUUGGGAUGUGUAAUCGAUGAAUUAUGAAGAAAGUUUUAAAACUUUAAAAUUGAUUUCAUGUUGUUUAUAAACAGUUGACAAGAGCCCUUGAUUUUAUCAUGCUCUUUCUCUCACUGAAAAUUCAAGUAUGGUUAAAAACUACUACCGUCUUAUGUCGGUCCAUCUUUAUUUUGAAAAUUUGAGCGAGAUACCAGAAUUACUUAAGAAGUUAUAGUAGAUGGGUAGGAUUAUCCCUACCAAAAGUAUUUUUUUACAUUUUUCCAACCCUCAAGCCAAAUAUUAACUCUUUUGUUCAGCAUUAACGGAAUAAAAUUUGCAAAAUGGCCAGAUGUUGGUAUCAGUUUUUUCCAUUUAACAAGCAUCUCCUAUUAUAGCUGUUGUCUUCUACUGUAGGAGUUGAUGUCAGUUGUACUUUACACCUUUUUUGCAAUUGUUUUAAAAGCUGAUACCUUUGAACAAACACUUCAGUUCAUACUAGUUGAACACCUAGUAUGUAGUUAAUUUAGAGCAAGUAUAAAUUGACAUUCACCAAAAUCAUAUCAUGCUUACCAAAGACAUUUGAUAUUAUUGUAAAAAUAGUUUGUUAACCAACUUGUUGUGCUAUGUUUAAUAUUUAAGAGAGCAUUUCAACCAUGAUAGAGACAUCAAAGUUGAAAAAUUUGCAGGAUUAUUUACCGCCAAGUGCACUCCUUUAAAAUUCUCAAAAAUAAAUUAGUUCUUACAAAUUAUGUCUGAAAAUUCCCCCGAAGACACAUCGGUUCCCUCCAAAUUGAAAAGAAUCAUAUCAUCAUUAAAUGUCAAUAGAAUGUUCUCACACUCAGGCAUCUUGAUUACUUUGAAGAUUUUUCAAGAAAACUAUAGUGCCAUAUUAGAGUCUUGCUCUUUGAAAAGGAGGGAAUAAUCCAUAAACCAAGUAAUGAAUCAUCUGAAAUUAUAGAUGAACAAAAGAGAAUCUAAAAAAAAAAAAAUAUUCGUAUUAUUCAUGUUUAGUUCAAUGCGUUUAGUGUAAGUUUGUUAUCUAAAUUGUAACUAAUCACCAUUGUUUGUAAAAAAUCUAAUCUUUUAUUCUCUUUUAAGUAAUUUAGUGCUCAAGCAAGUAAUGGGUUUGUUCAGUCAUGCAAAAUUUUUCUGCCCCUAUCUUACUUAAGUGUUUAACCAUUAAAGCGCUGUUGGCUUCAGCUCCUGGCCCAUUCAUCUCUCUCUUAGCUUCAACCUAACAUUUAAAUAGUCUCAUUCCUCUGAGUCAUUGUGAAAAUUUGAUUGAGAAUUUUACCCUGGUCUUCAUGGUGUAGUCCAUUUAUUGAACAGGAUAUGUACAUGUACCCAAUGGCAAUGUUUCAAAAUCUUGUUCCUCCAAUUAUGACUUUCCAAUGAAACUCAACAAAAUUUUAUAUUAUUAACAGUUUUCAAAGGAGAUCCUCCUAUGGACAGAUUAAGGAAGAAUUAUCUCACUAGUUUUAAGAGUUUAAACGAUAGGCUCGUAUCCCUCGAUGAGAAUAAAAUUAAUUCAGGACUCUCCCACAAUCAAAUCAAUGCAUCGGUUUUUUAAUUUCCACAUUGAAACUUGAGGAAAAGUUACAGUUUAAGCCAUCAUAAUCAGACGAUACAUAUCCUGCUGUGCUGUAUUAUAGACAAUAAGGGGCCAUUUCUGUAUUGUGUAAUGCCCACAGGGGGAGAAGGAGAUGAGUUGAUCGGUGUCUUAGAAAUGAGGAAGUAGCAUUUUACCCAGCUCUGCAUAAUGAUUCAAAUUUAAAAUGAUGUACCUAUACAUUAAACCUCAGAUUAUCUUAGCUAUUGUGGUGGUCGGCCAUUUCGGAUAACGCUGAGAUCACUAUGAUGGCCUUCAUUUGACACCCAGUAUUCGCGAAAUGUCUUGAGGUGAACAUGAAUCGGGAAUAAAAUGCUGUCUAAAAUAUUUACAACUAAAUACACAAUCUAACAUAUGACAUGCCUGUUCUAAAAGAUCUGUUAUGUCUUUUUGUUGUUUCUGGCCUCGGAAGCCACAAUAGGUUUACACUGACUGCCGAAAGAGAAGACAAAAAACUGGUAAAAAAAUCAGUCUUACCAAAAAUCAAUUUGGAUAGUCUGAGGUGUAGUGUACAUCAUUUAUGGGUAUUAGGACAUUCUUGGGUUAAAAUUGAUCAAAGAAAAUAGAUGAAAAUGGGGAGUAGGUAGGGUUGAAAGUUGGUUUUGCAUUACAGGUGUGUAAUGCUUCUAGCGAAAGACCCCGUAUCUCAUAUAAUAGCAAUAGUUGAAUUGUUAAUUAUUUACGUUCAUUCUAUGGCAUGCUGUGUGGUUUCAAAGUCUUACGUUAAUUAUCAGUCUUGCAAUGACAUGGAUAAUAACCCACUGUUACUUCGUCAAUUUCAAGAAACUCUGAGAAAGUAUCUCUUGGAUUGUGUAUUGGAAUCUGUUUUGUCACUUUUGAGGAUACUUCAUGUUCAACGACCUUGUUCUUUUUUCUUCCGUCUUUUUUUAAAAUACUUUUUAAAACUCCAUGACAUGUUUUAUCCUUCAGCUCUUAUCUUAUUGUCUCUCAUGUAUAAUGUUACUUACCGAAAUAGAUUUUUUAUAGCAUUUAAUUCUUAA